CCCACUCACAAAACAAAAAAAAUGGCUACCCAAAUAUCGAUUUUAAAAAACACUCUCGUCCUUUUUCUCUUCACCUUAACCAUCCUAACAAAAACCGCGUUCUCUCAACACUGCGGUUUUACAGGAUGUGCGAGUUUCAUGUGCUGCAGUAGGUAUGGAUACUGUGGCACCACAGCCGAUUAUUGUGGCACAGGAUGCAGAAGCGGACCUUGCAGCUACGAAAGCGGUGGUGUAGGUCUCAACGCUGGCCCACGUGAUAGAAUUGCAAAUGUUGUCACACCAGCAGUUUUUGCUGGUAUCAUGAGCAAAGUAGAAAACGGCUGCCCAGCAAAAGGUUUCUACACUCGUCAGGCUUUCAUCUCGGCUGCUCAAUCGUUCCCGGCCUAUCGAGGAACCGUCGCUAAGCGUGAAAUCGCCGCCAUGUUGGCUCAGUUCUCACACGAAUCUGAUAGUUUUUGUUACAAAGAAGAAAUAGCAAGAGGAAGGUACUGCCAAGCUAGCUCAGUCUACCCUUGUCAACCGGGAAAGAACUACUACGGUCGUGGUCCUAUCCAAAUCACGUGGAACGAGAACUACGGUGCAGCCGGAAAGUUCCUUGGACUCCCUCUAUUGACUGAUCCAGAUAUGGUGGCUCGUAAUCCUGAUGUGGCCUUUAAGUGUGCCAUGUGGUUCUGGAACGAAAAGGUUCGUCCCGUCGUGGACCAAGGCUUUGGAGCCACCACACGUAGGAUUAACGGUGGGGAGUGCGACGGUGGGAGUCCGACAAGGGUGCAAAGCAGAGUUAAUCGCUACUUGGAGUUCUGUAGGCAGUUUGGGAUCUCUCCUGGAACAAGUCUUAGUUGUUAAAGACAUUAAAUGUGGUUAAUAUGGCAACCUUCAUGCUAUCAUGUUGGUCUCGCGCGUGUGAGUUAAUAAGUAAAUGGUGUGUGAAUAAAAAGGUUAUGAGGUGUAACCUAAUGAAUGUAACAUACUAUCAUGUGUUGUCUGUAUCAGUUGUCAUAAAAUAAUGUAUCCAUAAUAAACACU